AUGAGGAGCAAGUUACAUCUGAGCAAGAUCUAUUCCUUCGCAUGUGGGAGACCGUCUUUUAAAAGAGAACAUUCACAUAUUGGAGAGCGUGGAUAUUCAAGGCAUGUGUUUUGCAAUCAACCACACACUUUUGAAUAUGCAGAUAAUUCAGUGAGCUCUACAAAGUAUACUGUUGCUACAUUUUUGCCCAAGUCACUCUUUGAACAGUUUAGGAGAGUCGCUAAUUUCUAUUUUUUGGUAACUGGUACUUUGGCCUUUACAAACCUUGCUCCCUAUACAGCUGCUAGUGCUAUUCUUCCUUUGCUUAUUGUUAUUGGUGCUACUAUGGUUAAAGAAGGUAUUGAAGAUUGGAGACGCAAAAAACAGGAUAUUGAGGUCAAUAAUACAAGAGUUCAAGUGCAUAAAGGUCAUGGAACUUUUGAAUAUACUGAGUGGAAGAAUCUCAAGGUGGGGCAUAUAGUAAAGAUAAUAAAAGAUGAAUUCUUCCCUGCAGACCUCCUACUUGUUUCAUCCAGUUAUGAAGAUGCAGUCUGUUAUGUCGAGACAAUGAAUUUGGAUGGGGAGACUAAUUUGAAGUUAAAACAAGCUCUUGGAUCUGUUUUUUUUGGAAUUACAACUAAACAUGAUUUGAACCAACAAGGUGUCAUCAAAAGAUGGUAUCUAAGACCAGAUUAUUCUACAAUUUUCUUUGAUCCUAAAGGAGCUUCUGCUGCUGCUACAUUUCAUUUUUUGACAGCCUUAAUGUUAUACAGUUUCUUCAUUCCAAUCUCAUUGUAUGUAUCAAUAGAAAUUGUCAAAGUUCUUCAAAGCAUCUUCAUCAAUCAAGAUAUGCAUAUGUACUACGCCGAAGCAGAUAAACAUGCCUAUGCCCGUACUUCAAACUUGAAUGAGGAACUUGGACAAGUUGAUACAAUACUUUCUGAUAAAACUGGAACUCUCACUUGCAACUCAAUGGAGUUUAUAAAAUGUUCCAUUGCUGGGGUAGCUUACGGCCGUGGUGUUACAGAGGUCGAGAGGGCCAUGAAUAGAAGAAAUAAUUCUCCUUUGAUUAAUGACAUCACACUUUCUCCCAUUGCAAAUGAACCCUUACCCGUCAAGGGUUUUAACUUCACAGAUGAAAGGAUAACCAAUGGAACCUGGGUUAAUGAGCCUAAUGCAGAUAUUAUCCACAAGUUUUUUCGCUUGUUGGCAAUCUGUCAUACAGCCAUACCAGAAGUGGAUGAUGAUGCAGGAAAUGUAUCGUAUGAAGCCGAGUCUCCUGAUGAAGCAGCAUUUGUGGUUGCAGCCAGAGAGAUUGGUUUUGAAUUCUAUAAAAGGACUCAAACUACUUUAUCCAUGUAUGAAUUGGAUCCUGUUUCUGGCGACAAAGUCGAAAGAGUUUUCACACUUCUGAAUGUGUUAGAAUUCAAUAGCACAAGGAAGCGAAUGUCAGUGAUAGUGAAAGAUGAAGAAGGGAGAAUUUUGCUGCUGUGUAAAGGAGCAGACAGUGUCAUGUUUGAAAGACUUUCCAAGGAUAGUAGGGAAUAUGAAGAGAAAACCUUGGAAGAUGUGCAUGAAUAUGCUGACGCAGGUCUAAGGACCCUGAUAUUGGCUUACCGUGAACUUGACGAAGAGAAAUACAAGGAGUUUGAUAAUGAAUUUUCUCAAGCAAAAAUUUCAGUUAGUGCAGAUCGGGAAACAUUGAUAGAUGAGGUAACAGAUAUGAUUGAGAGUGAUCUAAUCCUUCUUGGUGCAACUGCUGUAGAGGACAAGCUCCAAAAUGGGGUUCCUGAUUGCAUUGACAAACUUGCACAAGCUGGAAUUAAGAUAUGGGUUCUAACUGGUGAUAAAAUGGAGACUGCCAUCAAUAUUGGUUUUGCUUGUAGUUUUCUUAGACAAGGAAUGAAGCAGCUUAUAAUUCAGUUGGAUACUCCAGACAUUCAAGCAUUGGAGAAGGCUGGGGACAAGAGGGCCAUUGCAAAAGCUUCACAGGAAAAUAUCCGGCAUCAGAUAUCUGAUGGUGCUCAACAGCUUGCCGCCUCUAGAGGAACCUCUGAGCAAGCAUUUGCACUAAUUAUUGAUGGAAAAUCACUCGCCUACGCUUUAGAGGAUAAUAUGAAGGACAUGUUUCUAGAUCUUGCAAUUCACUGUGCAUCUGUUAUCUGCUGCCGGUCAUCGCCAAAGCAGAAAGCACUAGUUACUAGACUGGUAAAAUCUGGAACUGGUAAAACUACAUUAGCUAUUGGUGAUGGAGCUAAUGAUGUUGGAAUGCUUCAAGAAGCUGAUAUAGGGGUUGGAAUCAGUGGAGUUGAAGGAAUGCAGGCUGUUAUGUCUAGUGAUAUUGCAAUCGCACAGUUUCGUUAUUUGGAAAGAUUACUUCUUGUACAUGGACAUUGGUGUUACAGGAGGAUCUCAUCAAUGAUAUGCUAUUUUUUCUACAAGAACAUCACAUUUGGCUUUACUCUAUUCUUGUAUGAAGUAUGUACAUCAUUCUCUGGACAGCCUGCAUACAAUGACUGGUUUUUGUCUCUCUAUAAUGUCUUCUUUUCAUCACUUCCAGUGGUUGCCCUUGGAGUCUUUGACCAGGAUGUAUCUGCUCGGUACUGUCUAAGAUUUCCUAUAUUGUAUCAAGAAGGUGUGCAAAAUGUCCUGUUUAACUGGAGGAGGAUCCUAAGUUGGAUGAUAAAUGGAUUUAUGAGUGCCAUAAUAAUAUUCUUCUUCUGCACAAACGCCAUGGAGAUUCAGGCCUUUGAUAAUGAAGGAAGAACUGCUGGGAGGGAUAUACUCGGAGCAACUAUGUAUACAUGUGUGGUUUGGGUUGUGAACUUGCAGAUGGCACUUGCCAUAAAUUACUUCACAUUGAUUCAACAUGUUUUCAUAUGGGGAACCAUCGCUCUAUGGUACCUUUUUCUAUUGGUUUACGGUGCACUACCUCCUGGAAUUUCCACAAUUUCUUAUAAACUCUUCCUUGAAACUCUUGCACCAUCUCCUUCUUAUUGGAUUGUCACAUUGUUUGUGGUGAUCACAACACUCAUACCAUACUUGUCUUAUUCAGCAAUGAAGAUCCAGUUCUUUCCUUUUUAUCAUGAGAUAGUACAAUGGAUAAGGUAUGAGGGGAAGACAAAUGAUCCCGAAUUCUGCCAUAUGGUGCGCCAGAGAUCCUUGCGCCCAACCACAGUUGGUUCAACAGCACGCUUAGCAGCUAAGACUAACAGCAUUAGAGAGAGUUCUACUAACCAAAGAUGA